AAAAUAUUUUGAUGAUGUGAUGGGUGGUUUGUUAUUUAUAAAUUUAGCUUAAUAUUAUUUAAAUUUCUAUAAUUAUGGACCAGUCCCCUCCAAUUAAACCCCCUCGGGGGGUUAAACCUGUAAAAGAAACUAGUGGUUUAUUAAUGUCUGUAAUAAGGACAUUAUCAUCUAUUGAAACUAAUGAACAAAGAGAUAGAGAAAAAGCCAAAUUGGAAACAGAGUAUAAAAGUUGUGAUGCUAAACUUGACAGCUUAGUAUCAAAACAUGAGCAAGAUCUUACGAAGGUUUUACAUUUAUUUGGAAAUAUAUCCCAAAUUAUUAAAGAAAAUCGAGAUAAAAUUACCACUGUCAAGCAAAAUCUUAAGGAAUGUAAAAGAAAAUUACACUGCAGAAGAGAUGAAUUAAAAACACUAUGGCUUGAAGGUUUACAGUAUAAAUACAUGUUGGAACUCUUGCAAGAAAUAGAAAAAAUGACAGAUGUUCCAAACAGAUUGGCUUCCUAUAUGAGUCACAAACAUUAUUUACAUGCUACCAUGUUACUAGUGGAGGCUGUAACUUUGGGUAAAGAUACUUUGGAAGGGGUAGAAAGUCUAAAGGAAUUAAGUACCGAAUUGGAAGAAAAAAGAGAGCAACUUCAUAUUAAACUGUUAUCAGAAUUAAAAGAGAACUUGUAUAAUAAACCUUCUAAGAAUAUUUUGGCUUUAAGAAGACAAGGUUCAGGGUUUCAAGUCAAUUCACCCCUACAACGAAGCAUGGAAUUGAGAUUAUCAGGCAGAAAUAGAUCUGCAAUGUUUAGAAAUAAUAUGGAUGAUGUUUUCAAUAUGGAAUUUGAGUUAAACGAUUCCUUUGAUAUUGAAGAGGAUUUAGAUUUAAAUCCUGAGGAAAAUUCUAAAUAUUUUGUUGCAAUUUUAGUAAAAAGCUUAUGUUUGUUAAACAAACUGCCUUAUGCUAUAGAUGAAAUCAAAAAGUCAAUGCAAGAUACUCUUGUCAAAAUUGUUCAACAAUCCACAAAUCAUGUCAAAAGCUUUGUUGAUUUACAAUCAAGCAAUAAGUUAGCUUUAAAAGAAUUAGUUCAAGUUCUAUUUGACCAAUUUAAAGAAAUAGCUCAAGCCCACACGAUUUUAUUAAAUUGUUUAGAAAAAGCAACCAAAGCCCACAAAAUAACUUUAGACUCAUAUGAUAUUAAAUUUUUCUGGAGUAAAGUUCAAAAUGUUAUGGUUGCACUUUUAAAUGAUUACUUGGACAUACAGAAUACUUCAAUCGAAAUGCAGAUUAAUAAUACUCCAGAAAGUAGUGACGUAAAUUCCUUUUUCUCUAGAAGAAAGCAACAAAGUAAAAAAAAGUCUUUAUUUAAGUUUGAUGGUUCAUCAAGUGCUCUUACUUUGAGUAGUACUUUAAAAUGCUCAGAUAAAAAUAAGGUUUUUAUUUGUGUGCCACAUCCAAAUAAUAUUCUUGUCAUUUUUAUAACUUUUAUAACUUUUGUGGAGGAUAUGGAGCAAAAUAUAGGCAUACUUAGACACAAAAGCGAGUUAUAUCAGUUUAUUAGUACUUAUGUAUCUGGUACUUAUCUAAAGAAAAAAUCAACCGAAAUACUAAAUCAAAUUGAAGCUUCUGUAAAAGCCACUGAAGCCUGGAAAGCCACUGUGUUACUCAAUGUUACAUCAGACUAUAAGCCAUUAUUAGAGAGCUGCGUAACUGUAGAAAGAUGCAUAAGGGAAUGGCGUACAGUUUUAAAUGCACUACCUCUGUAUAGCGAACAAAUCGCUGUAUUUUCUUAUAAUGCUUUAAAAGAAUAUAAAGACACAUGUAAUGCGGCCUAUAGAGGAAUUGUUCAACCCUACUCUGAGGACAAGAGGAUAUGUAGUGCUGCCUGGCUCAAAGAUGAGGACAUUAGCCGAUUUUUGAAAUCACUUCCAAACUGGCUAAACCUCAAAACCCAGCAGGAAUAUCAAGCGCGCAACGAACGAACGCGUCGCGUCCUCAAAAGAGAUCAACCUUCCGAGGAAGAGAGUCCCGAAGACGUCAGAAUGCGUAACCGUCGCGAGGCGGAAAUACUGGCAAGCAAUUUGGGCGAAGGCGGCGUCGCCGCAAGCGAAAUCCUCUCCGACAUGUCGUUGCUAAAAGAGUUGGCUCAGUUGCAAGAGAGCAUGGAGUGGUUUUCGGUGAGGAUGUUUGAAUUCACUAGCAAGUUUAGACAGGGGCCGUCGAGCUUGUCUCCGACAAUUUACAAAGAAGCAAACGAUCUAAUGCAGCCUGUUUCCGCGGCAACAUUGCAACAGCUUACCAGCGUUGCGCAAGAGUUUGACGAGUUAGCCAACACUUGUCUUUUACUCUUACAUCUUGAGGUCCGGGUGCAAUGUUUCCAUUAUUUGUUAGCUCAAACUCACCAAAACAAGGAAACGCACGAGCCAGAUCCUAAAGUACUCGAGUUGAGUCGAGUACUGGCGAAUGUUGACGAAGCUAUGACGUCGAGCUUACACUCAAGAAAAUGCAAAUAUAUUUUUGAGGGUCUGGGUCAUUUAAUAGCUAAAAUAUUAAUUAGUUCAGCGCAGUAUAUGCAACAUAUUAAUGAGAGCGGUAUACAGCGAAUAAUUAGAAAUAUUUUUGCUUUGCAACAAACUCUAACAAAUAUUACCAUGACCAGGGAGGUAGCCUUAGAUCAUGCCCGACAUUAUUUUGAACUUUUCUGCAUAACUCCAGAGGAAAUUUUAAAUGGUAUCGUUGAAAAAGGACCAGAAUUCUCUGAGUUGGAGUAUAUGAACGCCCUUCAGUUACUUAAUAGGAGUAAAUCGGCUAAAGACAUUGGAUCAGUGUCUGUACAUUUGGAAAGAUUGUCAGAUAUUUUAGGAGAAGUUGCAGUAACAGUAUAAAAAUGAUUUUAAAUUAUUAUUUAUGAUAAACUUUAACAAAUAUGUAUAGUCGUUAAGUACUAAUAUUUUAAUAGCAACACAAUUAUAUGACUGAAUCAUAUAAAGCAACAACAGUAAUUAUGUUUAAUAAAACUUUAUUUUAUAACUAAGUAUAUUUUU